CUGAUAAUUAUGUGAAGCUCUCCAUCCGCAAGAACAAGCAAAGAACUCAGGCCUCAUCUUCUUGGUGGUACACAUUUUGGACACAAUCCCACAGAAAGACAUUGAGAAUUCAUCAUCUAAACAUGCACGCAACUCGCAAAUCUGAGCAACCCAGCGAAUCCUUUCAGUUUUCUUGAUUUUGCUUUGAGGCGAAAUCGAAACCACUCUGCUUCUCUAUUUACUAGCCAUCUUUCUGUGAAGUGACUAAUCAGUACAAAAGAAAGACCAUGUCUGGUCUGAUUGAAGGCCUCCCUGAUGCAAUUGCCCUUAGAUGCCUUGCUCGUGUCCCAUAUUACCUCCACCCCAAAUUGGAACUCGUUUCUCGCUCUUGGAAAGCCGCGUUUCGUAGUGCUGAACUGUUUAGAGCUCGACAAGAGGUUGGUUCAUCUGAGGAUUUACUGUGUGUAUGCUCUUAUGACCCAAAUAAUACAUGGCAGCUUUAUGAUCCUCUCCGAGAUCUUUGGAUCACCCUCCCUGAACUCCCCUCAAAACGAAGACAUCUUUCGCAUUUUGGGGCUGCCUCCACUUCUCAAUACCUGUUUGUUCUCGGUGGUCGUAGCGAUGCUAUUGAUCCAUUAACCGGUGACCAUGACGACAACUUAUCGACCAAUGAGGUAUGGUCCUUUGACCCUGUAACACGAAACUGGUUGAUGCGAGCACCAAUGCUCGUACCACGUGCUAUGUUUGCCUGCUGUGUUUUGGAAGGGAAGAUCAUUGUUGCAGGCGGCUUCACCAGCACAUCAAAAUCAACUUCCAAGACUGAAAUAUAUGACUCUGAGAAGGAUCUUUGGGUUCCGUUACCUGAUCUACUUCAAACCCAUGAUUCAACCUGCAUUGGAGUAGUGAUAGGAGGAAAAGUGCACAUUAUGUACAAGGGGCAAUCCACAGUACAAAUUUUUGACACUUUGGAGCUGAAAUGGAGAGUUGAGGAUUACGGUUGGCUUCCCGGCCCCAUGGCUGCCGUUCAAGAUUCACUCUAUGUCAUGUGCCUAGGAUUGAUCUUCAAGCAGGAUGGACGAGACAGACAGGUUGUCAUUCCGGCGGUAUCUCAGUUUCUCCAUAGAAUCGGGAUGGCGAUGAUUGGGUUUAGAGGCGAAUUGUAUGUGAUUGGAGGAGUAGUUCGCCCCGUCCGCCUCGAUGCGGAUCUCGUAAAACUGUCUGACGUGCAUGUUCUUAACCUGAGGGGUGAGAAACCAACUUGGUAUUGUGUUGCUCCGAUGAGUCGAUGCCAUGGAACAGUUCUUGGGUGCACAGAGUUGAGAAUUUAGGAUUUGAAAUCCAUUGAAAUUUCUGAAUGCAAUGAAGCUUAAUUACUUAGCUUUA